CAAAUUUGUGUGAGACCCACAGCCAUGGGCAGCUGAUAUGGGGACCUCGGACUGUUCCUGGACUGGAAGCUUGCUCAAAAUUUAACGAAUCGCGAUAAGGUGGGAGAGGGGAGAAGUGCAGGAGCAAAUAGAAUAGAAUAACAGAGACAGCACAGAGACGGGGAGAGAGGAGUCAUACCAACGUCCGUCAAAUGGCUAAGACUCGGCUGAUCAUAGCUGAUUUCAUCCUCUCUUUCAUGUGGGUAUGGUCAGGAGCUCUCAUCAAGAUCCUUGUCUACAAGGUUCUAGGGUUGGGAUAUGUGCCGAGGGGUGAAUUCAUCAACGGUGCUCUCUCCAUUAUCAACAUGUUCUUAUUUGCAUUCUUGGGUAAGAUCAGCGAAGGGGGAAUAUAUAAUCCUAUAACUGCCUUGCCCGCUGCCAUUUCUGGGGAUUUCAGUCGAUUCCUCUUUACCGUCGGUGCAAGAAUUCCUGCUCAGGUAAUUGGAUCUGUAACUGGGGUUAGGCUCAUUAUUGAGACCUUCCCUGAAAUAGGACAUGGGCCACGCUUGAACAUUGACAUCCAUAGAGGUGCACUGACAGAAGGAUUUCUAACAUUUGCAAUUGUUACAAUCUCGCUUGGACUUGCGAGAAACAUCCCUGGAAGUUUCUUUAUGAAAACUUGGAUUUCAAGUGUCUCUAAACUUGCUCUUCACAUACUAGGAUCUGAUCUAACGGGUGGAACUAUGAACCCAGCCUCUGCAACGGGAUGGGCUUAUGCUCGUGGGGAUCAUAUAACCAAAGAACACAUACUUGUUUAUUGGCUUGCCCCAGUAGAGGCAACACUGCUGGCAGUAUGGAUAUUUAGGCUGCUAGUUCAGCCUGCAAAAGAGGAGAAAGAAAAAAUGAAGACUAAAUCAGACUGAAAGCAAUUUACUAAUUUUAGAAAUCUGUUGUAUAAUCUAAUCCGUAAGCAUUUGGCAGGGGUCAUCCAGAAACAGAAAGACAGCUUCAGAUUGAAGAAAAAUGCACUCUGUUCUGUGAGUGAGUUCCCGACAUGUAAAUAUUGUUCAUUGUGUUGAUCGUUCACCAAUAAUCUCCCUCUCUCCCUCUCUCAAAA